GUUUUUGGAGGCCGAUCCGUGCACACCCUCUAUUACUACUACCUCAGUGAACCACAGCGACCAUGCAAGUGCUCCACCGUUGGCCGGUACUCCUUGUACCGUUGGUAUUUUGUUUCGUGAUGGUGCAGCACGCUGGAGCGAUACCGAGCCCGGACUUUGGUGUGCCCGUUACGAUCAAUCCGGUAAGGAACGAGGUCAUACUGGAGGCGUCGCUGCUGACCAGCGAGUUUGUCAGCGUUGCCAACGUGAGCGUUCGGCUCGUGUCAGGCACGGCAAUGCUGACCCAGGUACAGACGGCCGUCGUUUCGAUCGGCCAGCGGUUCCGGGACGGUGGUAUCGCGCUAAUGCAACGGCUAGUCACACUCGCGACCAGCUCCGGCACAAUGGGGAACGCGGACGCCUUCAUGCCCGCGUACCAAGGGAUCGACGCAUUGCAACAGCUAACCAAGACCGGCUUUGCGACCGAGCUGGCCAACAUCGGCAGGGUAGUGCCACCGCCGUCGACGCUGGUGCAAAAGUUUAACGACGCGUUUCGUGAGAUGCAAGGCGCACUCAACCAGCUGCGCCUCAGCCUGAAGGCGCUGGAGCGCGAUAUUCGCAAAUCCCGCCAGCACGUGCCCGCCCGAACGCAGAGCGACGUCACGCAGGCACUGAUCGCGUUGCGGCCGUGCAUUCACGCCGUACGGUACAUGGUGCGGACCACUCUGCUGUACCUGCUGGAAGCGGACGAGUUCAUGGUAGAUGUCGCCAAAGAGUUGAGCGCGUUCGACACAUCCAUGCGCAACACGCUCGCCAACUUUAGCGCGGUAACGAACCAACAGAAGCAAGACGCGGUGCAGUACAUAACAGACACGUUCGGCUGUAGCCUGCUGGAGCAGCACGAGGCGCUACAACCGGUAAGGCCACAGCUGACGGCUAUCUCCAGCUAUGCCACCGCACUGCAGCAACCGCUCGACGGUAUCCUGGCCGAGCUUGGACCGUCCGCUAUCGCCGCCCGAACGGAAGAGUUCGUGCAAGCCUUCGACCAGUACCGGGCGGAUGCAGUCGCAGUCUCGACCACUUCGGCCGGACUCUUCGUACGUUCGGCCACGGCGCAGCUGCUACGCACGAUGGUACUGACGUUGAUUGCGUUCGGUCCCCAGAACGAGUACUGCUUCAAUUGGUUUGCCUGGCGCGCCUACAGCCUGUACGCGUUGCACCAUAACGCAGCGAGCAAGUGCUACGAGGCGGAACAGGAUCGGCUUAAAACGAUGGUCAAGUUCCUGCGCCACGUGGUGGAUGUGGUGCUGUACGAUGUGGAGGAACUGGGGGACAAUCUGUCGGUCUGUGUGAAUCUUGUACCGGGCGGCGGUGUGUCUUGCGUCGAGCAGCAAGCAAAUCUGUACACAGCGGUACUGCUUACACUAUCCAAGAUGCUAGACGAUGGGGGUAGGCUCAUCGCCGAAGAGUUUGCCGUCAGCUCGGCCAGGCUCGGUGCGUGCGUAUCCUCCAGCGAACAGACGACGCUUAACGUCGUUGAUAAAUGGGAAAAGCUAGUGAAACUUUGCCAGACGCCACGUAAUCAAUAA